CACCUCCUCUUAUCAAAAACUCCAUCUCUCUAAAAACAUAUCUAAUGGAGGAGCUUGAUUUUUGUUCAAAGACAUCUACUCCUCGUCUAAGACUUUUUGGAUUCAGCGUCAACGGAGAAGAAGAUUUCUUCGAACAGUCGGUGAAACCUAACCAAUCAUCUGACUCGCCGGAGCAUAACGAGUUUCCGGCGGGAUCCUCCGGAAGAAGUGGUGGUGGUGUACGAAGCCGAGGCGGAGCAGGAGGAGAACGUAAGUACGAGUGUCAAUACUGUUGCAGGGAGUUUGGUAACUCUCAAGCUUUGGGCGGUCACCAAAACGCUCACAAGAAAGAGCGUCAGCAACUCAAACGCGCUCAGCUUCAAGCUACGCGAAACGCUGCCUCAAAAUACUCUAACGUUGGAUCAGCUUCUCCACUUUUACGUAACCCAAUGGCCUCCGCCUUUGCUCCUCGGCCACAUCUCCUAUCAUCCACCGUUUCUCCGCCCGGGGGAGGAGGUUCUUGGAUGUAUCUUCCACGUGUGUCCCCCUCUCAGCUUCACGUGUCGCAUGGGUGCGUGAUUCAGGACGGUUCUGGUGGGGGAGCAGGUACAAAUGGGUUCUUGUAUGAGUCUGGAUUUGGGUUUAACGGGGCUCAGAUGAGACAUGUUCAAGCACAUGGACAGAGACCAUUGGUGAACGGGUUUUCAAAAGAAGUGGGAUCCACUUUUGAUGAUGGAUUAGGGUUGGAUUUGCAUCUGAGUCUUGCGCCAGCUGGUCAUUAACGUUUAGUUUAAUCAUAUGCCCUUGCAAGUAUUUCUCGUGUAUAUUUUCCUACAGUUAAGUUGAUUUUAUUUAUUUUUAGUGAUUAUGAUUUCUGUUUAACUGUACGUCUAAAGAAAGUGUGUAUUUCCUACCAUGAUCUAUGUUUUUUUUUGAACUGA